AUGCGUCCAUGUCUUCUACACUGUCUUUUGUUAAUUCUUUGUUCAUCUCUCCUGACUGGCUUCGUCUUGUCCCCCUGCCCGAAAGGCUGCUGCUGUCCCCGUCCUGGUGCUCUGGUUCUGUGCGAGUCCCUGGGUCUACAUUCUCUACCUCAUUCCAUCCCCCUUAGCACCUCCGUUCUUUCCGUAGCCCGGAAUCGGCUCUGCAAUGUGGAUAAUGUGUUCAAGCCGUAUUCAGGCCUACAAGAGUUGAGCCUCAGCCACAACCAACUGGCUCGUUUCCCACGUGGGCUGCCUUCAAGUCUGGAGACCCUUCAGCUUCAAGAGAACCAGAUCACCUACAUCACCGUUGGGUCUCUGAGACAACUGGGGAACCUCACACGCCUGGACCUGGAAGAUAACCGCAUACAGGUCAUUCAGCCAGGGGCACUAUUAAGACUGACCAGGCUGAGGAUGUUGACUUUAAAGGGGAACCGAUUGUCUUGUCUACCAGUAAACUUACCUUCUUCACUAACACACCUUGAUGUGUCAGCAAACUGCAUAUCUACACUAGAUCUAACUUCACUGGGUGCUAUGGAGAACCUGCAGGUGUUAAAGAUUAAUAGUAACUGUUUGCGUUCUAUACCUGAGCGGGCUUUUGAUGGACUGGCUCGUCUCCAGUCAGUAGAACUAGCCAAUAACCUAUGGAUUUGUGAAUGUGACAUAUUGUACCUGUAUAGGUGGCUACUGAUGGGCCGGUUACAGAUGGCAAAAGAUUUAGUGUGUACGGCUCCUUUGCACUUGGCACAGAAGUUGCUUUUAACUCUAUCUGUUAUUGCCAUCUGUCCAAAACUAUUUAAGCCUAUUGAAAGAAUAUCAUCAGUAAAUACAACCACUGGGAAAGUGGCUGAAACUCAUGUUGCACCCACUACAAGUGCUUCUAUGCUGGAUAUAUCUGCCACUGCAUGCAACAUCAGUCAAGAAUGUCGAGAAUCUUCAAAGAGUGCUGUAUCAUCUGCCGAGACCCUCUCAGAACUCUCACCUUUUCGUGGAAACCUAUCAAGGUCCAUCUUUGGAUCAGACCGGCCCAUUUUAGGGAGACUGAGCUAUGAGGACUGCCUCUCUGUCAAUUCUAUGCCUUUCGUGACAGAGUCCACCCAGGAAACCUAUAGUCCAGCCACAGAUGAAGAACGUGGUUGUGUAGAGAAUUCAACGGGUCAGCAACCAGGGGCAUCAGCCACUGUGGUGUCCAUCAAUUCUGUAGCACCAACCAGAGAGGUUGGACUUCAGCUUGAGCUUACUCCUCGGACAAUACUGCAGUCCAGUGACCCAGUGCUCAUUGGAGUGCUGGCUGUGCUCUGUGUGCUAACAGGAUUCUUAAUGCUAACAGUGCUGUUGAUACUGAGGAAUGUUGUUCUGCAAAACCUGAGAAUAGCACCACUCCCACAGGUUCAGGGUGACAAUAGCACACACUGA